AUGUCGUUAAAGGCAGAUUCGUUACAGACACUUUCAUUCAUCGUUUACUCAAUUCGCUCAUCCCUCGUCUUCCUCGUUCUCUUAAUAUCUUCUACCUUAUGCUUACCGGUAAAUCACAUUCUCCCAUCUGCACGUUGCUCCGUUGUGCAUAAUGACUAUAUAUACACAUUUGGUGGAAUACAAGACUUGAGUUCUAAAUCCCUGCAACAAUGGACGUUAAUUAGAGCAAGAGGGCCAUUUCGGAAUAGCCAUAUUGAGUGGGAGCGUGUGCAUAGCGAUGGAAAAACACAGAAUCUGCUUUUUGCACAGUGUGUUAUGAUGGGUGCAGAAAUGAUUGUAGUUGAAGGAAUGAACAGUAAACGCGUAACGUUAAGCGAGGAAGGUAAUGAACUUGUUCCUGGAGUGCAGUUGUACAAUAUCGAGAGAGGUGAAUGGAGUAUUAUCAGAGAUGGAAGACUGCGAUUUGAUGGAAUGAAAGUCAGCGUUGUCAACGAGACAGCCGUUGUGGCUAUUGAAGGGGUUGGCGGUGAGUAUUCUGCAGAGACAAGUAAUCAUAAUAGCAACUUCAUGAACAAAGGUUUUAUAUGGAACAUGGAGGAUAAUAGGGUCGAGUUCAUCCCCCUUUAUAAAAUACCUUUAAUCUCGUUUGCUGGAUCAGUGGUGAUUGGAAAGCAUUUAUAUAUUAUUGGGGGAAUGGUAAUAUCAGAUACUGGAAGAAACAAAGGAACAAGGGAUAUUUGGAAGUUCGAUCUUACCGAAUAUGAGUGGACGUUAUCAGAUAUAUCGUUGGACACUGAAUUUAUAACCAUCAUAGCAGUUGGUUAUAAGGACGAGAGUAUAUUUGUAUUACCCGGCCUCGAUUCCUUUGAACGCACUUCAAAAGGGGGCUUGCGUAUCCUAGACAUAACUAGACGUUCCACAACAAUCAUCAGCAAUCCAACACUUCCUCAGUGGGGUCAUAGCAUGCUAGUACUUGGAGAUCAAUUGAUUAUCCACGGAGGUAUCGAUGAUACUCUGUGUGAUAUUCACAUACUCGAUAUACCAUCGUUGACACGACAGAGGAACACAAGAAUGAGAGCUAGGAAUAAUAUACCUCAGAACAUUAUCGACGGUAAUACGAUCCUAAUUACGGGAGGCAACCAAGGGAAAAAAGAUAAGACGUUGCUCGUUAUUGGUUUGACGACGGGUAUGAUAGCAUGUUUAAGUCUUGCUAUGCGAAAAAAGAAGUCUAUAAGAUCAAAGGAAAGGAGCGAAGUUGAAUCUGGAGAUAUUUCCACUCAGGAUACAAGUAGCUCAAAAAGCGGAUCGAAUGAUCAAAAAGGUGAAUCCUCAAGUACCCCCCGAAAUCGCCUACGCUCUUUAUUACGCCUAAUACCAAAACAAAAACGAUCAGCGUCUUCAAGCAGCUCUACACCUUCAUCACCUGCCUCACCAGCUCAACCGCCUGUCUCGUCAUAUCAGCCACCUGCGUCAUCUCAACCGUCUACCCCGCUUAUUGAGCCACCUACCUUGUCGUCUCCUAUUGCUACUUCAUCAUCUCAUGUUUUUCCUGUAUCGCCUCGUCAUAUUACAUCGCUAUCUAAUUCUACUUCUUCGUAUGAUCUACAAGAUCAUCUUUCACCCACGAUUUCAAAACGACCGGUUGAGCUCAUAACAUCAUCUCGAAUUUCUCAUUUCCGGCUUCCUCCUCGUUUCAUAGUGCUUCAGAAGAAGAUAAUACAACCUCACGUUACUCAAUCUGUUUUUCCAAGGUUAUUCAUGCUAUUUCCUAACCCGGAGGUCGAUCCAGAGGAUGUGUUCAGUCCUAAGAAAUGGAACACAGAGACAUUUGGCUUGUACGUUUUGUGUGAAGGAUUAUCGAAUGACAAUGAUGGUAUACAUAUACCUGCAUUAGAUGAGGCAGGAUAUGGCCUUGAUGCUAAUCCUCUUGAGUUCAUUCGGUCGAUUGGUCCUUAUGUUUCCAUUAUAGCUGACCUGAUGGCAGCUAUUUUGUCAGCAGAUUUGUAUAAUAAACAGAGAUCAGCAAAGCACAAAUCUUUAGACGUAGGAUUUGAUCCAUCAUUUUUAAAUGAUCCUGAAGAAGACGAGAAUAGGAUGCGAAGGAAACGGAUAGAAUUUUUCAAGCAGCUGAGCGAGAUGUUGGAAAACUUGACUGUAGAAAAGAAACUCAAAGGGAAAAAGUAUCUGAAAACAUUAGAUGCCUGUCAACUGCCUGCAUUUGAAGCUGUUGGGAAGCUUUUGAAAAUUGAAUGGAGAAAUCACAAGACGAGUAGUAACAAUGAGAAAAGUAAAAGAGAUAAUGUGGAGUAUGAAAAGAACAAUGCUACAGAGAGUAAGAAUGAUGGAGGGAUUGAGAAGGGUGAAAUUACAUACAUGUGUGGAUUGUUCAAG